ACCACAUUAACAGAGGUGCAAUUUGGACCAAUGAAGUUAUUUAAAGACCCACUUCAGGUACUUUUAGUUUUUGCCAAAGAGGACAGUCAGAGUAAUGGCUUCUGCUGGGCAUGUGAGAAGGCCAACUUCAGGUGCAGCAUGGCACGAACACCGGAGUCGGCUCUUGAAUGCUUCUUGGAGAAGCAUCAUGACCUCGUCAUCAUUGACCACAGACAUUCCAGACACUUUGACGCUGAAGCACUAUGCCGGUCAAUUAGAGCGGUCAACUCUUCAGAAAACACUGUGAUAGUCGCCGUUGUGAAAAGGCCAGACAGAGAGGAAGCCUCUGUGAUGCCCCUGAUCAAUGCCGGCUUUAAUAGGAGAUAUGUGGAGAAUGCCAAUAUGAUGGCCUGCUAUAAUGAGCUGCUACAGUUGGAGCAUGGAGAGGUGCGGGCGCAGUUCAAACUGAGGGCUGGAAAUGCUAUUUUCACAGCUCUAGAACAAAGCCAAGAGGCCAUAGAGAUCACUUCUGAAGAUCAAGUAAUUCAGUACGUGAACCCUGCCUAUGAGUCCAUUAUGGGCUACCAAAAAGGCGAGCUAAUAGGGAAGGAAAUAAUAGAAGUGCCUAAAAGUGAGAAGAAUAAGCCUGAUCUCCUUGAAACAAUAAAUUCCUGCAUACGGAAAGGAAAGGAGUGGCAGGGGAUUUAUUAUGCCAAAAAGAAGAAUGGAGACAGCAUUCAGCAAAAUGUGAAGAUCACACCUGUAAUUGGACAGGGAGGAAAAAUCAGACACUAUGUGUCUAUCAACUGGCCUUUAAAUGAUAAUAAUAAGAGUGAUAAAACCAGUGAACGAGUGCAGGCAGAGUCUCAGACUGACAUCCAAUCCAGUAAGCACAAAGAUCGGAGGAAAGGCUCUCUGGACGUAAGAUCAACAACAUCUCGGGGGAGCGAUGGGAGCUCACAGCGAAGGCACUCCUCAAUGGCCCGAAUCCACUCCAUGACUAUAGAAGCUCCCAUCACCAAGGAUGGUUUACGCAGAUUGUCAGGAAAUGAAUACAUCUUUUCCACAAAACAACCCCACCAUAUUCCCAGUCACUUGAUAACUCCUCUGUCGUUAAAUGACAUCCCCCCUCGCAUCGCCCAGACCAUGGAGAAUGAGGACUCUUGGGAUUUUGACGUCUUCAACUUGGAGGCUGCAACCAUGAAACGGCCUUUGACCUACUUGGGCCUGAAGAUCUUCUCCCGCUUUGGGGUCUGCGAGUUCCUAAACUGCCCUGAGGCCACUUUGCGCUCCUGGCUACAAGUGAUUGAAGCCAACUACCACUCCAGUAACUCCUACCACAACUCUUCUCAUGCAGCUGAUGUAUUGCACGCAACGGCAUAUUUCCUCUGCAAGGAGAGGGUCAAGCAAAGUUUGGAUCCCAUUGAUGAGGUGGCUGCCCUGAUUGCUGCUACUGUGCACGAUGUGGACCACCCAGGCCGCACCAACAGCUUCCUGUGCAACGCAGGAAGCGAGCUGGCCAUCCUCUAUAAUGACACAGCUGUGCUAGAGAGCCACCAUGCUGCACUGGCCUUCCAGAUCACCACAAGAGAUGAUAAGUGCAACAUAUUCAAGAACAUUGAAAGGAAUGAAUAUCGAACACUACGACAGGCCAUCAUUGAUAUGGUGCUCGCAACUGAAAUGACCAAACACUUUGAACAUGUCAACAAAUUUGUCAACAGCAUCAACAAGCCACUGGCUGCUCUGGAGGAGAAUGGGGGAAACGGUGACGAGGAAUCUGUAAAAAGCGUUCUGACAUCCCCCGAGAAUCGCAUCCUCGUCAAGCGGAUGCUGAUUAAGUGUGCAGACAUCUCCAAUCCAUGCAGGCCUCAGGAGCUCUGUAUAGAAUGGGCCGGACGCAUCUCAGAGGAGUAUUUUGCACAGACGGACGAAGAGAAGAGACAAGGUCUACCAGUGGUUAUGCCUGUGUUUGACAGAAACACGUGUAGCAUCCCAAAGUCCCAGAUUUCCUUCAUAGACUACUUCAUUACGGACAUGUUUGAUGCAUGGGAUGCUUUUGCAGACCUCCCCAAUCUUAUGCAGCACUUGGACAACAACUUCAAGUACUGGAAAGGCCUUGAUGAGAGGAAGCUGCACAGCCUGCGACCACCUCCAGAGUAGGCUCUGCAGUGUCCAACCCCCCAGGACUCUGCAGUCUGGGGCAGCCCUUCUCUCUCGUGCUGGGGCGUCUCUCUCCCUGCCAGCCAAAGGGCCUCCUCGCCUUCACUCUCCUGCUUCUGUAGCACGCCGAGCGUCCACAUGUCCGUCCAUACAGAAACCACAGAAGGACUUCCUGACAGGCAGUUGCAGCGGGGACAUUGCUGGCUUUACAACCCUGUCAGAUGAGAACUGUGACAAACAGACACGGACACACAGCAUCCUUAUGAACUUCUCGUGCCUCUCAGGCAUUCGCAGUGUAGCUGGUCAAGUGACAUGACUGAGAGAGGGUCCUUACAGGUCUCCUGGCAAAGCAUCCGUCCCCUAAUUACCACGGUGGCUCUCUUGUCUGCCUGUGAAGUUGUUGCUUAAGUAAAAACUGCUUGUUUACUGAAGGAGCGAGCAACACUGGAGGAGUAGAUGGAAUUGUGGUCUGGAUAUAAAGGUGUCCAAACACCGUCAGGCCAUACAAUCACCUUUGACCUCCAUCCCUUCGCUCGCAGCAAGGCAGGACUGCUCCCUCUGCCGCUGGAGGCCACACCAUGAAAGAACACUCCACUGCUUUUUUUUUUUGGGGGGGGGGCAAUAUACUCAUGUGUCCUUCAGAAACACAUCCAAGUUGACACGUAGCGGUCAUAAUAGACAUGUGGGAGGGGAUGCUUUCUUUUUGGGUCAGGGAGUGGAUCUUUACUUUAGGCCACUGCUGAGAGACAGAAACCUCAACAUCAUGAUCAUAGGUAACUAAUUACAGAUGAUUUGGUAUGUUAAUUUUUCUUAGAUGUUCCUUAUUUUCUAUAUUAAAAUUCAUAAAUGAAUUAGUUGAUAAAUAAGAACAAACUGAAUUUCAAAAAGAGAGAGAAAAGCCAAAGCUGAUGAAGAUAAAUACUACUAUAACUCUCAAAAAAUCACAAUUAUUAUUCAUAUGAAGCAUUACCAUAUUAAACAUUUUUAUUUUCUUAUCAAAAGUACAGUACCAGUUUGAAUGAACACUUUUGUAUUGCACUGUAAACAAUAUUAGAAAUGUCUACGUCUCAGUGAUUUGUCCAGGGAUGGGAUGUUGCAUUGUAGAAUAAGCUGUUCUUGUUGAUCAUCAGGAGUUUGUAUGUAUGUGUGAGUGAGUGUGUGAGUGUGUAUGCGUGUGUGUGUGUAUGCGUGUGUGUGUGUUUGGAUUGUAGGUGUGGGUGCGUGGGUGUAUUCAUUGUGCAACAAUCCCUUACUCUUGGUUUAAUGCUGUAAACCGCUUGACAUUUGACAACAGCAGAAAUAUGUGAAAACAUUUUGGACUUGAAAAUUUUUUCUCCCAGAAAUUUUUGUAUCUGGUUUAUCCUACUGAAAAGACUGCCUUAUUUUAUACAAUAUUUAUACAGUACAUCCCACUGUGCAACUGCAACGGACAUCUGGAGUUUUUAUUAUAACAUAGUCAGAAGGUUAUGUUCAAGUAAAUCUCAAUAUUUUUAUAGACAAUGAAUUUUACACUGGAUUUGCAGCAAAUGAGAUCAACCAUUAUAGCUAUCUGAAUACCUGUGAAUUGGAUGAUCAUGUAGAGCAUGUAUACAGAGAACUAAAUGGUUAAGAAGGAUGUGGAUCGCAGAGUUGUCUAUCACUGUCUUUAAGCAGUCUCCUAGAGGCCAGCUUGCAUUGAUUUUUGAUCAAACACCAUUCUAUUUUGGCCACUUGUCCAACAUCCUUAUGCACAGACCCAGGGAACAGCUUUUUGUUCGAGGCUGGUUUCAGAUUAGGAUACUAAUAUAUGUUAAAGAUUGUUGCUUAUUAAGAAUAUUUCCUCUUUAAACAGUAUAUAAAUGCCAUAACAGCUAAGCAAAUGAUGGUUAAUAAGAUGUAUUGACCAUGGUUAUCUUUGUUUCUCUCUUAUGACAGAAUUGUACACUCAAUCAGGGGAUUUGUUUGUUCCUUCUGAUUCACAUCUUGGUCUGAAGGCACGGAAAAAAAAUUAGAAACUAUUCAAUGAAAAAUAAAAUAAUGUCAAUUAUAAGUUUGCAGUCUAUUUCCUGCAACGA